AUCUCCUCUCUCUCCUAUUCUCUCACUGAAUCAUUGUCUUUGGAAACCAGUCAGUGUGUGUCGGUGCGCAAACUGUGUAACACAUCAGCCCAGAUGUUUUCAGUUUGAAUUCCCCCUCCGUCUCGUCUGGAUGCCCCCACCCUUUGGUGCCUGAGGAGAAGGUGAGGAUGGACGCAGACAUGAUGGACGUACACCCAGUAGUAUGAGUUUUUACAGACAAACUGUAGGUGAUAUUCAGCAAUGCAGCAGAGAGGAGGAAGAAACAUCACCUCAUCUCUUCAUCAAACCCUGCGUGAAGCAUGCCAACCCGAACGUGGUCGCUACUGCAUUCCUGCUCAAUACUUAACUAAAGUCUUCAGAAGAUGGUGACAAUGAGGAGGAUCCUCCAUGUGAAGGGAGAUGUGAUGUGCACCAUGCUGCUCCUGGUGCUAUUCUGUCUGCUGCUCUAUGCCCGCCAGGUGGUGCUGUCUUCUGAGUGGGACAGGCGUGUCUGGAAGCUAGAAAUCCAUGGCUCUACCAGCUCCAGCAGGACCUUGCUGGGCGCCAGCGGGGCCAAAGUAGGCCAGGAGUCUCCAGGGCAGAUCCCAUCUGGCCCUUCAGAGCCACAGCUGCCUCCCUGCAACCCCCAAUCCAAGUCCAAACCUCCUCAGCCCAAGUCCAAACCUCAGGUCAAAUCUAAGGUGAAAUCCAAGACGCGGCGGAAAAAUGCUGUGCCGACUAAGACCGCUGGCAAGCCCCUGCCCACGAUGCCACCAUUUGACUUUGAGGGCUAUGUGAGAGAAAAGGACAACAGGAACUUUAAGCUGCUCAUAGACCAGCCAGAGAAAUGUCACCUCGGAGGAGCAGAGGAAGAACAAGGAGGAGGAAGUGAAGGGUCUAUUACUGCUCCUUACAUGCUGAUCGCGGUGAAGUCUAUCCCUGCAGAUUUUGACAAACGUCAGGUGGUACGUCGAACCUGGGGUAAAGAGGGACUCUUUAAAAAUGGUGUGUCCAUCCGUACCGUUUUCCUGCUGGGGGUUCCCAGGAAUCGGACUGCUCUGCCUCUGUGGGAUCGUCUCUUGACCUACGAGAGUCAAACCUUUAAGGAUAUCCUGCUCUGGGACUUUGAAGACACCUUCUUCAACCUGACACUGAAGGAAACCCAUUUUCUGAAAUGGGUUAACAGCAGCUGUCCUCGUGUCAAAUUCAUCUUCAAGGGUGACGCCGAUGUGUAUGUUAAUGUGGAGAAUAUACUAGAGAUGCUACAAGGCCAAAAGCCAGACACGGAUCUGUUUGUUGGUGAUAUAAUUAUCCAUGCUAAACCCAUUCGCCGACGCAGUUCCAAAUACUAUGUGCCAGAGUUUAUUUAUGGAGGGGGUUUGUACCCGAAUUACGCUGGGGGAGGAGGGUUUGUCAUGUCGGGACAUACGGCUCGCAGACUGAGCUCUGCCUGUCAACAGGUGGAGUUGUUCCCUAUUGAUGAUGUCUUCCUGGGAAUGUGCCUUCAACUGAUUGGCGUCAAACCAUCACGCCACCAGGGCUUUCGGACCUUCGGAAUUCCCCGACCGUCGGCAGCACCCCACCUCCAGACGUUCGACCCCUGUUUUUACAGGGAACUCAUGGUUGUUCACAGCCUCAGUGUUCCUCAGAUCUGGCUUAUGUGGAACCUCCUGCACGACCCCAAUCUGAGCUGCAACAACAGGACCAGCCUGAAAUCCUGGCCCUUUAAGUGGAAAGACAAGAUGGGACAAGAGACGGAUUACGGUGAGAAGCGGGUGUUUCUCACACAUUAGUGACUCCCCACAGGGCCCAGUGUCGCUCUAGCAAGGACCUGAUGGUUAUAAAGCAGGAUCUGUGGCCAACUGGAAGGACUUGUGUUCAAAAGCACAGUCGAGUCAUAUAAGACUCUUUUUCAAGCUGGCAGAUCAUCUCUGGGGGAAAUGAGUUGGCAAAGGCCUAAUGUGCUUCAGAUCUUUUGAAAAGGAAGCCAAAAUAGAAUUUAGGGUGUAGCCAUCCAAGCCUGUCCCUGUUCAUCCAGUGUUUAUGAACAACCAUGCAGCAAGACUUUGAUUUCCAAAGAUUAUAAGAACUUUUGAAUGUGUAAUUUACAGAAUGUAUUGUGUUUUAAUUGUUUACACAAAGGAACAGUAAGACAUCACACACACAGC